UCCUAGUUGCAUCCGCGACUCGUGUCUUAGGGCACUGGACGCUUCACCCAUGGAAGCCGAAGUUGAAGCCGAAGUUGAAGCCGCAGAAGCCCCUCGCUGGGAGACGAGCGAGGAGGAGGAGGAGAUCGGGGAACUCUUCCAACAGCGCUUGGCGGAGGUGCGGAAGUGCCACGAGCAGCUCUUGGAGCUGAUUCUCUCACUGGAGACGUGCCAGGAGGUGAAGAAAUCUCCCAAGGCCGAGCUUGCGGCGAAGGAAGCGCCCAAGGAGACCAAGGAGAAGGAGGCGAAGGCGAAGAGGAAGACCAAAAAGGUGAAGCCGGAGGAAAAGAAGAGGGAGACGCCGGAGACGCUGGUUGAGCCGGAGAAGAUCGAGGAGAAGCCCUCGGAGGACUUGGCCAAGACGUCGGGCCGGGCUUCCACACGUGCCUCGGAGCCGGAGCUGUGGCAGCCAAGUGCCCUGGUGAUUGGGAAGCUCCAGCCGGAGGCCAAGGAGAGCGAGAAGGAGAACCAGCAGGAAAGUGAGAAGCUUUUACAGGAGAAGGAGGCCGCGCAGAAGCAGGCGCAGGAGGAGCGUGAUGCCAAGGCGAAGAUUCUGAACAAGCGGGUCAAGGAGGAGAUCCAGGUCUUCGAGUGGAAGUCGGCCUCUAAGACCUUCAGGAAGAGGCCGCCAAAGGAACAGAAGAAACGGCCCGCGAAAGCGCGCUCGGAGAUGGCAGAGGAAGACAUGGUGGGCGCCCUGACGGGGAACGGCGAGGUGUGCCUCACGAAGCGACUUGAGCUGGCCAGAGCGAAGCACGAGAGGAACCAGAACGCCUCGCUGAAGAAGCGGGCGGAGCAGUUUCUGAAGUUCAUCUUUGGCAGGGGCGAGGACGACGAGGAUGUGAAGGCCUCGGAGCUGUCGUGGCUGAUCUUCGAGACCGUGGCGGCCUUUAUGAUCCUCGCCAACUCCUUUCUACUGGGGAUCGAGGCCCAGUAUUUGUCUACGCAGCUUUCGAGCUCCGCGACGCUGAUCGCCUUCAGCGUGCUCUUCAGCGUUUGGUUCAUGGUGGAGGUGCUGAUCCGAUUGAAGGCCUUGGGCGUGCAUGUCUACUUCCUGGGGGAGGAUAAAGCCUGGAACCUUUGUGACGUCAUGCUGGUCAUCAUCAGCAUCGUUGACAUCUCCAUGAUCGCCUCGGGGGAUGCUUCCACCUCCUUGUCAGUGCUGAAGAUGGUCAAGAUGCUCCGCGUGGUUCGGCUCUUCCGCAUCUUCCGCUUCUUCCGACAGCUGGCCACAUUGGCGGCGAUGGUGGCGGACUCGGUGAAGCAGCUGGUCUGGGCGCUGGUGAUGUUCUUCAUGGUCAUGUACGUGUUCGCGAUCAGCCUGACCAGCUCGUGCACAGACUGGCUCAAGGACCAGGUGGACUACACCGCCAAGGACUGGCGCACCGAGGCCCAGCAGUCCAGCGCCCCAGGUGUGCGGCAGGUCUACCACCACUUUGGGGAUGUCCCCCGCAGCAUCGACACGCUCUUUGAGACCACCCUGGGCGGCCUCAGUUGGCAUGAGUUGAUGGAUGCGCUGGGCUACGUGGACGCACUCUCCUACGGCCUGAUGUCUUGCUACAUUAUUUUCACCGUGUUGGCGUUGCUCAACGUCUUCACAGGGGUGUUUGUGGACAACGCCCUGCAGAAUUCCAAGAAGCAGCGGCAGAUUCAGAUUGAGGAAACCAUCGACAAGAAGAAGGAGAACCUCGAUCAGAUCAUCGAGUUCUUUGUGGCAACAGACCUGGAUUGCGAUGGCUUCGUGAGCCUUGACGAGAUUCAAAACCUCUUGGCGGAUCCUGUGAUGAGCGCCUAUUUCGACAUGAUCGGCUUCCGCCCCGGAGACGCCUCCAUGCUGGCCGCCCUGCUGGACAGGGACGGCUCUGGGGAGAUCACGCUUCGGGAGUUCAUUGCGGGUUGCGAGCGCAUGAAGGGGCAGGCCAAGGGCGUUGAUGUGCACAUCGUGUUGACCGAGAUCGAGCACUUGGUCGAGCGCAUCGCGCAUGUGGAAAAGCUCCUCACCGGCCAAGAGCCUCCGCACCACGACUGCCGCCAGAUAAAUUUGCUCUGACGCGAGGCGCCCUGCGAGAACUUCGCUGCCAGUGGAUCUGAUCUGAACCGAGUCGGGGGUAGCCCGCGAGCGAGGUGAAAUG